AUGGAGGACCCUCCACUGGCCUCCCUGUCGCUGACUCACGUCCACUACGAUCCUAAUGACCUCAUCUCGCUCGCCUGCGCGUUUCUCGCCUUGGUCCCGCAAGGCUUGACCAUCACCUAUGUCACGCUAAUCUGGAGCACGCGAGAGGUCGAGAUCCUCUUGAUGUUCGCGGGGCAAAUGGGGUGUGAAGCGCUGAAUUGGAUUCUCAAGCGCUGGAUCCAGGAGGAGCGCCCGACUCAAAUGCUCGGCAAAGGCUACGGCAUGCCAUCCUCGCACGCUCAAUUCGUCGCCUUCUUCUCAACCUUCUUGUCUCUGUUCCUUUUGCUCAGACAUAAUCCGCACAACCACCCGCAUGCUUCGGCCACUCACAUCCCGAUCCCCUUGUGGCAACGUCUGGCGUUAUCUCUGCUGUCUCUAGUGUGUGCGGCGGCCGUGGCGCAGAGUCGAGUCUACCUCAACUACCACAAGCCUCGGCAGGUGUAUGCUGGAGUGGCGGCGGGAGUAGCAUGUGCUGUGGCGUGGUUUAUCGCGACGAGCCUCGCGCGGAGGUUGGGAUUGGUGGAUUGGCUGCUAGACCAGCCAAUUCUUCGCUGGGCGAGAUUCCGGGACUUGGUUGUCAAUGAGGAUCUAGUGGAUGCCGGUUGGGAGCGGUGGGAAAGCCGGAGACAGAAGAGGAGCGAGGCGAUUAAGAAUCUCAAGAAGCAAUGA